AUGACUCGUGAAAAAUCGCAGUCGAUCGCCUCUCAGAAGCUGCAACAAAAGGUCAAGGGUCCGGUAGCCCAGGAAUUGAAAGAGAUGGUACCGAAUCGGAAAUCCCACCAACGCGAACCCCGAAGUAAAGACGCGGUCUCGAACUCUCCUGUUCAAGCUUCCGUGCAGUCGAUCAUCACGCAAAUCCAGAACGGAAAACCCAAUGUCUCGGGAAGCAAGGAAACACCCGAGGAUUUGUCGUUCGUCAUGAGUUCGAUAUUUCCCAAGGAAACCGGGUCCGUCGACACGAGCAAUCUGAAAAUGAAGCCACUCGACUAUGAAAGACCGGAUGUCCCGCGGCUUUCGUUCGGAUUGGAGAGGGUCUUGUUCAACCCCGGCGUCUAUCACCUCCGUGAUCCGCGGUCCCGCGUCUACAACUUCGAUCCUUACCUGGGCUCCAUCAUGCCCGUGUCCGAGUUCGACUUUGACGCGUUAAAAGCCUACAUCACCUCCUCCAAGGACGAAACCCUCGCCGGUAUCGCCCGAGCCGAGAAGAAGAAGUACAUCGGUUCCUCGUCGAGUAUGACCUCGGUUCUCUCGCACUUCCACUAUCUCCUCUCCAACUGGAGAGGUGUCGAUACGCGGAUGAUGUCCCAGAAUUUCCCAGACCACAUGCGCAGCUUCACGCGACUCUUGCGAUCUCCCGCCGCCAUGUUUCUCCGGUAUCAGAAUGGGACUUAUGCCAUCGACGCGGACAAGGAAUUCGACUCGGCGAACAUUCUCAUGAACCUGGGCAAGUCCAUGGAGAAGCUCCUGACUCUGCCCAAGGAGGACUUUGAGCGCUACCGUCGAACCCACGAGAACAAGAUCUCGGCCGAGGAAGAACAGGCCAUCCCCGAGGCCUACCACUAUUCGACCAUGGGCGAUUUCCUGAUGCGGUCCCAGCUGGACGCCUACGACCCGCGACUGCCUGGGACAGGCAUGUUCGAUCUGAAGACCCGCGCCGUCGUCUCCAUCCGGAUGGAUGCCCGCAACUUCGAGCACGGGCUGGGCUACGAGAUUCGCCAUGUCCAGGGAGCGUACGAGUCUUACGAGCGCGAGUACUACGAUAUGAUCCGAGCCGCGUUCCUCAAGUACUCGCUGCAGGUCCGGAUCGGCCGGAUGGACGGUAUCUUCGUGGCCUUCCACAACAUCGAGCGCAUCUUCGGUUUCCAGUACGUCAGCCUGCCCGAGAUGGACCAGGCGUUGCACGGACAGACGGACACCUCGCUGGGCGACGCCGAGUUCCGACUGAGCAUCGGGCUGUGGAACAAGAUCCUCGACAAAGUGACCGCCAAGUUCCCCAAGCGGUCGAUCCGCCUGCACUUUGAGACCCGCGACGCGCAGACCCCGUUCAUGUACAUAUUCGCCGAGCCCGUCACCAACGACGAGAUCGAGUACAUCCAGACCAAGAACCAAGCCGAGAUCGACGCGUACCAGCGCCGAAUCCUGAAUCUGGAGCCCAAGGACGGCAACGACGACCUCGACGAGACCCCUGCCAGCCCCGAAAAGCCCGCAGCCAACUCCCAGCCUGACGCCCAACCCGACGCACAGGCCGCGUAUGACUCGUCCGCGCCCCCAGACGAGUCGUUCCUCGCCGAGCUCGAAGCCGAGGAAGCCGACCUGUUCAAAGGCAAGGAGAUCAUGGCGAUGACGCUAGUGGUCAAGAAUCUCGUCAACGGCUCCCCCGUCGACCGGCCCAUGGUCUUCCGCGCCGACGACAAGUGGACCGUGGAGUACGAGCUGAGCGAGUUGCAGGGCAAGCAGGUGAGCAGGCUGUACAAUGCCUGCCAGACACGCCGGGAGAAGGCUCUGUCAGGCCGCGGCGAGGACGAGGCGGACGCGGCCUCCAACGUCUAUAUCCGACGACUGCGCGAUCUGGCCAUGAAGGGGCGUGCCUACCGCGCCAAGCAGGAUGAUUUCGACAGCAAGCAUGGCACGGUUGUCCUGGAUGAGGAUGUAUAA